AUUUGAUGAUAUGGUCAAUGACAGAAAGUUUUUCUCCUGAAGAGAUCUACAAACAACUUGUUGAUCUUGUCCAAUCUCCCGAGGAGCCGAAAGGAAUUCCCUUCUCCGAACGUAUCCCGUCACCGAAAUGUCUGAAAGAUCGAAUCGCUAUUGUUGGUGCUGGUCCAGCUGGGAUACAUAUGGCCUAUUUAUUGAAGAAAAAAGGUUUUAAAAAUAUUGUAGUGCUUGAGAAAAGUAAACGUGUUGGCGGCAAAACCUUAACUAUCAUACAUCGUGAUACAGCACAUGACCUGGGCGCGUGCUGCACCCAACCUGGCUAUGAAAAUGUUCAUGCACUGGCUCAAGAGUUUGGGGUUUGGGAACCAGCAAAUUUGCCUCCACUUAACGUUUGGUUGGAUCAACUUUCUAUCCCAAUUAAUUACUCAUCGUAUGUUUUUCCUGAAGCUAUGAAAUUAGCAGAAACGAAUGAUCCAAAAGUUGCUGCUGAAAAACUUUUUAUGUCCUUGCUUAAGUAUGUCCGUCUUCAUCGUGAAUUUUUUGGUAAAUACAAAGGAGAAUUAAUGAGAAAACCUACUCCACGAGUGAUGAACUUAAUCAACUGUACAUUCCUGGAAUUCAUUGAAAAAAAUGGUCUAACAAUGCUUAAGCCCAUUUUUAUCAUGUCUCACACCGGACAAGGUUUUGGUCAUGUGGAUGAAAUAUCCGCUAUGUAUGGUUUAAUAUGGAACACACCGCACUUUUUAACAGAAAUGGCAGGUGGUAUGUUUACUGGACAAUCACAGUUUUACACGAAUAAAGGCGGUUUCCAGACAGUCUUUGAGACAAUACAAACUUAUGAGAAUAUUGACGUGCGUUUCGAUGUUGAGAUCAGUCGAAUUUACCGAAGAAAUGACAAGGUCCUUAUAAAAUACUCAACCAGCAGAGAUUGGGCAGAAUUUGAUUUUCUGAUUUGGACACCAAGUUUGUCUUCAACCCUCCAUUUAAUCGACCCCAGUGAGAAAGAGAAAGAACUCUUUUCUGGACUCACUACUGCUUGGUGUACGACAACGCUAUAUGAUUCCACGUAUGGCAACCGUGGUGACUCACCCAUAGACUUCUGGUUCAGUACCAUCGAAAAAAAACGAGAUCAUGGAGUAUGGGAACAACGGGACUCUUAUGGUACCGUGAAUAAUCAUCAUGGACCGGAAUAUCAAAAUGGGUCCCUUCCUGGAGGACCAGAUGGUCAGUACAUUCGAACUGGAGUGGCGUACCAAUAUGGAAGAGAGAAACCGGAUGAAUCCAGUCUUGAUGAAAUACUUCGACAACAUUUUACAAGCUUGGAUGCCGCCGAAGUCAAAGUAAUUCAAAAGGAAAUUUGGGAAUACUUUCCGCGAUUCUCACCUCAAAAGAUGGCAAGUGGCGUUCUCUGGGAUAUAUUUGACAAUCAAGGAAGUAGGCGCACAUGGUUUGCGGGCUCAUCGGUUAUUGUUGAAUCUGUGAAAAGUGUUCUUGAAUACAACAAAUUGUUGGUGUCAAAAAUGACAGAAGGCAUGUCUUGCUGAUAAAUAAGAACUUUAAUUUUAAUCUUUUUCACUAUUGAGUAUUGAUGAUUACAUGCAUGCAUGAUAGAUUUCAUUAUGAUUUUAAGGUAUGUGUCAACCCAAUGGACCAAUCCCAUAUUACUUUAUACUUUAUACUUUAUUUAGAAAUGGUAAAUACAUUGCAGCCAUGAGCUGAAUUGCGUAUUAUACUUACAAUUAAAAAUUAUUAAAAAUUAGAGUUUUGAAAUAUAUCAAAGUAUUAUGAUUAAUUAACUAAAUUGUCAAAAGUGUCUGUUUAUAAUAAGCAUGCAAAAGUUAUUAAGAAUAUAAAAUAGGUAAAUGAAGAGUAAAACCUAUUCAGUUUUGCUACUCGAUGCCAUAAUAAAACUAUUACUAAACCGAUUGGUUUUACAAACUGGAACGUCAAAAGAUCUAAUAGAUCUCAGGUCGUGGAUGGAGUUAUGCCUUGGCGGCAAGAGGUAAUGUAGACUGUGAUUAGAAUCUUUGAUAAUUGCAUUAAACAAUUUCUUGCAGCUGUUUUGAUGGUGAGUGGAAAGAUGUUCAAUUCCACUGAGAUUUAAAGCUUCCUCAUAUUUCAAAUGGGGAUAAAUAAUUCCAAAUACGCGUUUCUGGACUCGUUCCAAAUCUUGACUUAAAUACUUGGGUAGGCUGUAGUGGAAAACCGGGACAGCAUAGUCCAACACAGAUCUUAUACAGGUUAUGUAAAAUGUGAUUAGUUCUUGUAUUGGGAUUUUUGCUCUCUUAAGUUGAAUAAGGAAA